AUUUUCAAUAAAACGCUUUCUAAUUUUCUGUUUACAAAAUUGCUGAAAAAAGAAUGUAAAGUUAUUGGGCUGGGCUUUUGCCCAUGUAUUUGACGCCACUCGGCGACGGUCGCCACUUCCCUCUCCAGCCCAGGCCCAGCUAUAUGCGUAACCCCCGCAACGUCUGCUCUCUUCCACGCCGCCGCCGGCCCUUCUCCUCCGUCCGCUUCUAUCCUCCCUACCGGCCACUUCCUCCGCCCGCUCAUCCCUCCGUGCGGUGCUCGCAUGGAAGAAAGAGAGAGGAAGGAGGGGAGUGCGGGCCGCGCGGUGUCGUGCCCUGUCGCCUGACGACGGAGGCGGCACCGUCAGCCGCGUGCGGCGGGGCGUCCACGGAGCCGGCGAGUUGGAUCCCGCCGGCUGCACACGGCUCCGACCUGGGAAGCGCUUUCCACGGGGGUGGCGAGCUGGGCGCCUCAAACCGCCGGAGUAAGUUGGGUUUAGAGGUCAAAUUGCCCAUCCAAGAAACGCAAGAGAAAUGCCUGCGCACCGCCGCCUCGCCAUCGCCGCCGCUGCUAAAUCCCACGCCACACUGAUCAAGUCCGGCGUCACUUCCCCCACGCCCUGGAACCAGCUCCUCACAGCCUACUCCCUCACCCCGCUCGGCCUGGUCGCCGCGCGCCAGGUGUUCGACCAAAUCCCCCGCCCGGACGCUGCCUCCUGGAACUCCCUCCUCACCGCGCAUGUCUCUGCCGGCGCGCAUUCCGCGGCAUACCACAUCCUCCAAGCCAUGCACGCGAGGGGGCUUGCCGCCAACACCUUCGCCCUCGGCCCUGCUCUCCGCUCUGCUGCCGCCGUGGGCUGCCCUGCUCUGGGCGCCCAGCUGCACUCGCUCAUCGUCAAAGCUGGCCUGUCCGACAAUGUCUUCGCUGCAACCGCAUUGCUUCACAUGUAUGCUAAGUGUGGCCGCACAAGGGAUGCUCGUCGGGUGUUCGAUGGAAUGCCGGAGCGGAACACCGUUUCUUGGAACGCCCUCGUUGCCGGUUACGUGGAAUCUGGGAAGGGUGCUCCAGCAGUUCAGCUGUUUGUUGAGAUGGAGAGGGAGGGGUUACGUCCAGACGAGGCAACAUUCGCUGCAUUGCUCACGGUGGUCGAUGAAUGCAGUUGCUUCUUGAUGCACCAGCUUCAUGGGAAGAUUGUCAAAUAUGGAUCGGCAUUGGGUUUGAUAGUGUUGAAUGCAGCAAUCACUGCCUACUCGCAGUGUGGGGCCCUGGCAAAUUCUAGAAGGAUCUUUGAUGAAAUUGGGUACAGAAGGGAUUUGAUCUCAUGGAACGCAAUGCUGGGAGCUUACGCUUCCCAUGGGAUGGAGUAUGAGGCGAUGGGAUUCUUUGCUAGCAUGAUGCGAGCGAGCGGAGUGCAGCCUGACAUGUAUAGUUUCACAAGUAUCAUAAGUGCGUGCGCGGAGCAUCGUGAUCACGGAGGGACAGUAAUUCAUGGUUUGGUGAUCAAGAAGGGUUUCGAAGGAGUCACGCCUGUUUGCAAUGCUCUAAUUGCCAUGUACACUCGAUUUAGUGAGAACUGCAUGAUGGAAGAUGCAUAUAAGUGCUUUGAUUCCCUGCUUCUUAAGGACACCUUCUCCUGGAAUUCUAUGUUAACUGGGUAUUCACAGCACGGUUUGAGUGCUGAUGCCUUGAGAUUCUUCAGAUGUAUGCAGUCAGAAAAUGUUAGAACCGACGAGUACGCAUUCUCUGCUGCCCUGCGUUCAUGCUCAGACCUUGCUUUACUUCGGCUAGGUAGACAAAUACACGGUUUAGUCAUCCAUUCUGGUUUUGCUUCCAACAAUUUUGUUUCCAGCUCGCUGAUCUUCAUGUAUUCUAAGAGUGGCAUUCUUGAUGAUGCGACGAAGUCUUUUGAGGAGGCAGAUAAGAGUAGCUCUGUGCCCUGGAACUCUAUGAUGUUUGGUUAUGCGCAGCAUGGACAUGCACAGACCGUGCUUAGCCUCUUCAAUGAGAUGCUGGAGCUUAAGGUUCCUUUGGAUCAUAUCACAUUUGUUGGCCUGAUUACUGCCUGCAGUCAUGCUGGUCUUGUGGACGAAGGUUCAGAAAUCCUCAAUACGAUGGAAAUUAGGUAUGGAAUUCCUCUCCGGAUGGAGCAUUAUGCAUGUGGCAUUGAUCUGUAUGGGAGGGCUGGGCAGCUUGACAAAGCAAAAGAGCUUAUUGACUCCAUGCCAUUUGAACCAGAUGCCAUGGUGUGGAUGACCCUAUUAGGUGCUUGCAGAAUCCAUGGGAAUAUGGAACUAGCAACUGAUGUGGCCAGCCAUCUGUUGGAGGCAGAGCCUAGACAGCACUCGACCUAUGUUCUCCUCUCCAGCAUGUAUUCUGGUCUUGGGAUGUGGAGUGAUAGAGCAAUAGUGCAGAAGGAAAUGAAGAAUAAAGGAUUAAGCAAAGUUCCUGGUUGGAGCUGGAUCGAGGUGAAGAAUGAGGUGCACUCAUUCAAUGCAGAGGAUGGGUCGCACCCAAGGAUGGAGGAAAUAUAUGAGAUGCUGAGUUUGUUGCUUCAAAAUUUUCCUAUGCAGCCUGUGCAUCAAGAAACAGAACUAUCCAGUUAUGGGCAUUAACCAGCCAGCCCUUGUUGGAGAUGAUUGGGCACACUUCGCACAUUCGUCUGCUCUGAUUGCUAGUGGCAGGGAAGACCUCUGUCAAUAUAUGGAAAGGUGAGUGUUAAGGGUGCAGUUACGAUUACCAUUCCUUUGUCUUGUUUUUGAGGAUAGUACUUGUUUGGAUUCAUAUCAAUUGCUAUUUUAGGAAAGGAAAAUUAUUCUGAAGAUGGGAUCCGUGUUUAAAGCAUUGAGCACCUAGGUUGCAUGUGUGGAUGUGAUGCUAAAUUCAUGGAAAAUGGAGAUGGUGUAAGUGCAUGUUCUGAUGGAAUUGGUUCUGCAGUGAUGAAGAACGUGUAGCUUAUACACAGAUCUUUUUUCUCAGUACACGCUUAGCAGUGACCGUUUAAAGCAAGGUACAAGAAUCGCGGACAUGGACAGCAAAGGGAGAGAGACAAUGCUAGCCAGAAAAUCAUUAUGAAAAAAAAGUCUUCCGGCUUCAUUCUAUUUUGUUAGGUGGAAGGGAAGCCUCCUUCCUGCUGCUUGGAGCUUUUGAAUGCUAUUUUGAUGCCACAACAUGAACUGCAAUUCAACAUUUAUGUAGUUUUGGCAAAGACAAGUUCAUGUACUCUGUAUUUAGGUGAGCUUGUGUCGUAAACACGGCAAUGAGCGUAGCUGUAUGGUGAGUACAUGUGACUGAAGAAUUCAAAAAGCAUAAUGGCAGGGAGUCAUUUAUUUAUUUUUGUCAGGCGUAUGUUUGGGCCAGUAAAUCUUAUUCAAUGCAAGGACUUCUGAUGAAUCCCACAAUGUAAAAAAACAACAGAAGUGUGAAUCACAAGUGUUAUUUUUUCAUGCAACAAA